AUGCAAGAGCAAGAUUUCACUUUCAUCGCUUUUAGCUGCAGACCAGUACCGAAUUUGCAAUUUCAAUUCGUUGGUUAUUUCGAUUCUUCUCUCUUAUAUAACGCGUCUGUCUUUUUUUCUCGCUCUAGGGUUUCCAACAGUCUUCUUCACUCGGUCAAUUGCCCAGUUUCGGCACAAAUGAAGAAGAGACAGAAUAUUGAUAAUGAAUCCAGUCCUUAUAUUGAUCUGAAUUCUCUCAUUCAUGAGAAUUCUCUGUUCUUUGAUAAGUUGAUUGAGCUCAUCCCUGCUAAGUUCUAUCUUCCAGUUGAUGAUAAAGAGAAGAAAUGGUUCCAAGGCCUUAGCAAGGAUGAAAAAGCUUUGGCAAAGAAGGAAACAAGGGAAAACAUCAAGAAAGCACGGAGAGAUCGGCUUGACCCAGAGAAGUCUUCUACAACCACCUUAGAUUUGCUUAUGAAAAAUUUGGAGAAGGAAAAAUCAACUGAUGAGAGUGAUGAGGAAGAAGUGGAGAUUAAUCCGAUGAUAUCUGGUCUAGAAGGUGAUGGUCAGUCAGCAACAUAUGAAGAUCUCCGACAACGACUUCAACGCAAAAUUGUAGAGCUUCGAGGAAAUCGAAACAUGAGUCAAAAGACGAAAGAUAAGAAAAAAGGAAUGCAGGAAAGGAAACGCAAGAGGGAAUCUGAAUCUGAUAAAAGGAAGCCUACAACAAGUACUUCAAUGGAAAAAGGGGAGAAGGAUGCAGCAGAGGCUGCAAAAGAGCUCAAAUUUAGCCAUGUUAAACUUGGGAAAGAUGAGGAGCUUGGAAAGAAGAAGAGGAGGAAACUAUCGAAGUUAAAGGAACUUGAAAUGGCAAAAGAAUUGGAGGAAGCUAAGAAGGAUCCAGAAAAAGGGGAUGUAAUUGCAAAGAAGCAUUCAUGGAAAACAGCAACAAACAAAGCUGCAGGCAUUAAGGUUCAUGAUAAUCCAAAGCUGUUGAAAGAUAGCAUAAAGAAGGAGAAGAAGAGACAUCAAAAGAAUGCUGAGAAAUGGAAAGACAGGAUUGAAAACCAACAGAAAAUGAAAGCAGAAAAACAGCAGACAAGAUCGCAGAACAUAGCUGAUAGAAUUCAGCAGAAAAAGAUGCGACGGAUUGCAAAGAGAGAGAAAAAGCUAUCACGGCCUGGGUUUGAAGGUCGCAAGGAAGGUUAUAUCAAUGAUGGUGAAGGUGCUCAGGCCUAGAAGUUUGUAUCAGCAUCUUAAUCUGUUCCUAUUAACUCUUUUUCACACCUGCAAUAGAAUUGGUUUAAGCCUUACCAUCAUAGCCAAAAGAAAAUGUUUUAGGAGCCUCUUCUGAAAGAACCUGUUAGUCUUUCAUUUCAUCUUUAAUCAUUUAGUAAAAGGGUGUUGUUUAAAUAUUUUUGCAAUGAUUUUAUGGGCAUGUAAGUCCCACUAGAAUAGUCUUGUAACACUUCUCAAUAUUUUCCUUCUCUUCUGGAAUUUUAGUGUCAAAUCACCUUGCAUUCAUAAAA